AUGCGAAUUCCUGUAUUGAUGUCAGUUGCUAAUGAAGCCAAACACCUCAUCCUUAAAGACUACGAAACUGCUCGUGUGGAUGUCCUAAAACUUGACCUCUCAAUCAACUCAAUUAAAGCCUUUGUUAAUCACUUCAACUCUCUCAAUCUUCCCCUCAACAUCUUAAUUGCUAGUGUUAUGUUUUUCCCAUACCAGCUAUUUGAAGACGGAAUUGAGAUGCAAUUUGCAACAAAUCAUCUUGGUGUUGGUAAUAGUAGUUAUGGUGGCAUGGUGGUAACGACAGUGAUUGUGGUAGAGAUGGUGUGUACCUGGGUGAUAGUAGUGGUGGUGGUGGCGGCGGCGGUGAGGGGUGAAUGGUGGUGA